AUGGAUCCCUUCAGCUUCCUGUCAGGCACCAUGCCCCCACACCUAAUGGAGUCCUACAUGAUCUGCCGCUAUCAAUCUGAGGCUAGCCUGCCGAGCAUCAAGGCUGAAGGGCACCGCCUCCUGAUCUACAUCAAGGAUACCGCGUGCGCACGAGAGGCGCAUGAUAUGCUGCAGCGGGCCGGGUUCAACACGUUUGACUUUAGUGACCCGGGCCACUCCCGUCGUGAGCGUGCCUCUGGUCUUGCCAAGUUCAACGACCCUGGCAACUCGGAAUUUGAUGUCCUGAUCACCUCGUAUCGACGCGGCGCGGGCAGAGGAAACUUCCACGGCGCCUGCCGCCGUGGGCUCAUUGUGGAGCUCCCUGAUGACAUUCAGACCUUGUACAAAGCUCGACAGUCACUCGACCACAUUGGACAGACAGAGCCGGCUAGAUGGAUCACGAUGUACAUCAACCACUCGUACGAUGCACACGACGAGUUUCAGCUGGCUCAGCAGGAAGCCAGAAUGAUCAUCGAGGCUCCUGAGCUGCACCAAUCCCUGUCCACUGACUUCACGGUGCCCCGGAUCGACGAGCGAAUCACUGGCGAGCAUCGACUCAUUUGUGCCUUUGAGAUUCUACAGCAGAUCCAGCUCACUGGAUUCAGCAAGUACCCCAGAGCUCGCAUGAGCUGGGAAGAAAUGGACAUGCCUGAGGCGAAGCUUGAAGGGCAGUUCUACGCUGCUGUUGGACGAUUCCUGAUGGCAAACCCGACCACGACCGACAAGUUCACCAAGGAGACUAUGGAGGGGAUUGCUCUUCGAUGGGAGCCAGGCAAGGAGCUGACCAUGGACCGUGUCGUGGGAAACUGCCCUGCCCUGCCCAAUGGUGUCAAGAUCUACACCUGUGUGAAGCCAGGCAAGGGUCGUGGCAUGCUUUGA